UAAUUAUAAGUCAUGCUUAUGACUUACGAUUUAAUUAUUAAUUAAAUUAUGAGCUACACAGCUUUAAUACUUUUUACAAUCAUGUAGACUACAUACAUGUAUUUCAUAAAGGGCAUGGUUGGUUCAUCUCCACUGCCUCCCUCUACAAUGGGCGUGAACCUAGGGUAAUGUUUUAGUUGUCCAGCAGAGUUGGUUUGGGUUCAGUUCUGCCCCCCUGUGGGUAAAGUAACCACCGCACGGGAGUUUGUGUGCGCCAAGGUUAGUCAUUAACCUUGCCUUCUCAGUCACUCAGGGCACCAAGGAAGGUGGACAGUAGCCUACUCUGUCCAAGGCAUGCUGUCGCUCAGCCGUCACAUCUUACCAUGGGCGACUGUAACCACUGUACACACGAGCGGGCUUUAUCCGUAGAGGACGACAUUACUGUAGUGUUUCACAAAGUUGAAAGCCAUGGCAUAAACCGCGGCGAGGACCACGACGAGUGUGGCGAUGAUGAACGGACAUCAGAAAGGAUUCACUUGCAAACCAACUGCCGUGUGGCGUGUGAUUAUGAUGAUGAUGAGGAGGAAGCGAGAGGAAGCGGAAAUUCACUGGAAGGCAGCGAGAAGAAAACGCUAUGCUCGCCGGCGUUUUGCGUCAGAAGCGAGCCCGCAUCCAGAGACGAAAGCGCACGUGAAGGCCCAGAGAAACCAAAGAGAUGUCCAGGUGUCGGUUUGUUCUAUGCGUUACUGUCCACAGUUUUCUUCUCCAUCAUUGCCCUCUUAGUGAAAACCAUCCAGGGAGUCCACGCCAUAGAGAUCAGCGCCAUACGCUGCUUCUUCCAGAUGCUCUUUAUUAUGCCGUUACUCAUCUACCACAAGACAGGUUUCCUUGGUCCCAGGGAUAAACGUAUAUAUCUGGUGCUUCGGGGUUUCAUUGGUUCCAAUGCCAUGAUCCUGCUCUUCUAUGCUGUUCAGCAGAUGCCGCUGGCAGAUGCCACUGUCAUCAUGUUCAGUAAUCCAGUCUUUACCUCCCUCCUGGCCUGGAUCUUUCUGAAAGAGAGAUGCACAAUCUGGGACUGUGUCUUCACUGUUUUUACUCUCACUGGAGUCAUCCUCAUUGCCCGACCACCAUUCCUCUUUGGCGAGCAUCUACGUGGCAUUGAGGGAGACUACACUAACCACAUCAAGGGGACUAUUGCUGCCUUUACAGGAGCUAUUGGGGCUGCUUUUACAUUUGUUAUCCUUCGCAAGAUUGGGAAGAGCGUCCAUUACUAUCUCUCCGUCUGGUACUACGCUGUCAUCGGUUUCAUCGAGUGCAUCAUCACCGUAUCCGUCCUUGGGGAAUGGAAAAUCCCGUUCUGUGGCCGUGAUCGCUGGAUUCUUAUGUUGAUUGCUGUCCUUGGUAUUGCUGGCCAGACCUUCCUCACAAAGGCCCUGCAGAUUGAGAAGGCUGGACCUGUGGCCCUGAUGAGGACUGUCGAUGUGCUCCUGGCGUUCAUCUUCCAAUUCAUUUUCUUUAACCGUGCACCGACCUUGUGGAGCCUCGGAGGGGCGCUGUGCGUAGUGGCAAGCACUAGUGGAGUAGCACUUAGGAAGUGGUACAGCAACUCUCGCAAGAGCUGAGAAGGAGAAGCAACAUAGAAUACUUUGGUAUUACUAUUUAUUCUUUUUUCACUAUCACAUGUUCUUGAUUAAUUCUGUAUUUUGCUUGUUCUUUACAUGCAAACCUGUGAGGAGGUUAAAGCUCUUUGGAGAGUUAAAAGCAGAAAUAUAGAAGGAUAAUCUAGUAGGGGUCAGUUAUGAGCUUAUUGAAUUCUGUACAUCUAUACAUGUUGAUUCUUGAGAGUCAACCUGUGUAAUUUUUGUGUAAAUGAACACAUAAUUACGGGGAAGGAAAAACUGUUGCUUCCCCAAACCAUAUCGUGCUCCCUGGAGCCUGUGUAGCUAACUAACUGCCUAUUCAACAGAGGUUACCGAUUUUCUCCUAAAUAAAAUGUGUACGGCAUAAAUUAGGGCUGAAAGUUGAAUUUCACCAUAAUGAAGCAGUUUGAUGAAGGAUAUCCUCAGUCCCAUUUUCCUUUCACUUUAACCUAAAUGAAAUAGUCAAAGAGAGAGGUUUACUGCAUUGACACAUACUGUGUCAAAUAACUUGGCAAUCAUACUAUUCUAAAAAAACAUACAGUACAUAUUUCAUUUUUUUGUGGUAUGUACUAGGCGCUAUCAAAUGAGUAUCUGCAAAAAAUACUUUAUGUAUUUGUGGUGCUGAAAAUGAUCACGCUGUCAUCUGAAGUUUUUUAGCAAGCAAAAAGUGAAAUAUGGAAGCUGAAAAUAAAAUCCCAAAAUUGGUUUACUUGAAAACAGGGUCAUGCUGUAGAAUUCUCUCAGGGAUCUCUUGCCUAACUGCUUAUAAUGGCCAAAUAUGAAUUACACCUAAAUCCAACCCAGAGUUCCUAUCCAUGAAGAAUUUACUCCUUUGCUAUAUAUUGAUUUUUGAUUUUUCUUCUCUAAUUUAUAAGAUAAUAAGCUAAUAUCCAUUAUUUCAUAGCUAAUCAUUCCUUAAUGAUAUCUUUGAAGUGCCUUAAGUAGGGAACUUUAACCUCCAGCUUCCCUUAGUGGAGCCGCUCAGUAACCAGCAGCUUGUACUGGGCAGCUCUCAGGUGUGAUUGUGCAUAUGAAUAUGAAUAUGAAGUAAAGUGCUUCUGAAAUUAAGUCUAACAGCAUUUUUCAUGAGGCACCUAAGACACAACCCUUAUCUCCACAAAGGCCACACUGAUUUCUUCAUCAUCUCAGGAGGAGUCUACUCUCUCUUAUGGUGGCUAGCACUUAAUGUCAUCUCAGAUCUAACGCAUUUAAUUAGUGUUCUCAACAGUCUAAAAAUAUAUUUUCUAUGAUGCUCAAAGGGGGUGUUGUUUGCACUUUGUCUUUGCUAGAGGGUAGAAAAAGUGUCAGAGACCUGCCACUAUAAUUCAACAAAUGAUCAUCCAAACAGCUGCACACAAGGAUUGCUAUAUGAUAAGUUACUCAGUUAAUUCAAGGACCUAGAGAAGAAAGAUGAGCAGUGAAACUACAUCUUAACAGUGCAGAUUUUUCAUUGUCAUCAAACUGGAAAGCUGAUGUUGAGGUUUUACACUUGAGUAUCAUUGUUUUUGGGACUCAAAAGAGCCAUCUGUGAUGCUUUUGCCAAGUUGAGGAUGUUAGUUGUACCUGGCUGAGUCCAGCUUUGCCCGGAUGGUGAGUUUUAGGCAAUGUGGAUGAGUUAAACUCCCAGGGGGAAAAAGUGAGACUUAAUUUAAAUAGUCUUAAAAUAUAUUGUAUUGAAAUAUUUCAAAGCAAAACAAUCUUAUGCUAAAAGCAAUAUUGUGUUUGUCCAAGGCUGUCCUCACCUGCAGUGCAAAUCAAAGGUGAUCUUUAUGUGUUAUUGUUUGUAGGAAACCCCCCAAAAUACCCUUAUUUCAAGGGAUGUGGGUUUCUAGUACUGAGCCAUGUGUGCUCUGUGUGUCUGGUAUUAAUCACACUGUAUUUUUAGCAUCUAGCAAGGAGUUUACCACUGUCAUGACUGGUGAUGUCUUAGUGCAACUACAGUCCUCUGUUGUAGGAAUGUUUAAUUGGGUGCUAUACAGCUGGAAUGGGAAGGCAGUCAGUGCUGCUAGACUGAUAUUUAAUAUCCUGCAGUUUCUUCCUGGCUAUUUUUCACACGCUGCUGUUUCUGUUCUCGUUCGACCUGUUGAGACCUGUGUCAGCACAGCUGCAUCGUCAGACUUGCCUCCAAUUAUAGUUCUUCCUUUUAUAAAGUAAACUCUAUAUCACUAAUAACUGAACUCUUGAGUUUGCACAUUUUUGUCUUGUGAAAUCAGAUUUCCUGACAGUGAUGUAUGUUUGUUUCCUUAAUUCUCUUCUUUAUGAAGGCAAACAUCGGUUCCAAGGGGAAUAUUUACAAUGGUCCUAUAGGGCAUGGCACAGUGUGAUAGUGUGAUAUGUGAAACUAAUUAUUAAUAAAAAAAAUUAUCAGUUCAUACAAUUCUGAUCCUACCCAUUGGUUUUGAAGAGUAGAAUAUAGUUAAUUUGGGUAGAUAGUACAACAAGCCCUGGGAUAUAAUUAAUUUUUUAAGGGAUGAACAGUAACAUGUGAUCCCAGUGCCAUACUUAAAUGUGGAGGAAUUUAUUUAAAGGCACUGUGGCUUUAAAAAAAAAAAAGUUCAUAGUACAGUAGGAGGUUAUGAUCACUUCAGAUGUUCAGAGACUAAUUUUAUGUUUUAACAGUGAUUUUUACUUCUCAGAAUAUUAGUUUAGUUGACUUGAAUGCUGGUAGUGUAAGCACAAUGUGUUGUAUUUCCAUCAUAUGGUUAGGUUAAACAUUUGUUUCAGGACCUAUAAGCCUUACAAACCUACAGUACUAAAGCUGCUUUUAAACUAUGCUUUAAUAUUAUUUAUUUUACUAUUUCUGUAAUGUAUUACAUCAACAUAUUCUACAAGAUGUAUAUUUAUUUCUGCAUAGUGAUUGAUUAUAUUUAGUAUAUUAUGAUUUAAUAAUAAAUUCUAUAUGAAUUUACAA